AUGCCAUCUCAGGCUUUGGUCCAGAAAUUUGAAGAAACAGAUCCAUUGUUCGUUGAUGCUAUUGCCCAAGUGGACGCAUUCCAUGAUCAAGAAGAUUACUAUAUCGACUAUGUACAAGGGCAGAUCGUUGAUCAGAGGUUAAAAGAACCCUGGUUAGAAAGUGAUCUUCCACGUAGGGAUCCAACGCAAUCGCAAUCUGUCUUGAAUCUGCGAUAUCAUGGCUUCCGGGGUCAAGUUGUUGAUCCAAUACGACACCCUGAAUUAUCGUUAGGAUUUCUAGGAAACGAUUCCAGAAGGAACCAGGUUAAAUCUGAUAUUAAUAAAAUUUCGAAGCAAAUGCAACGUCGCAAAACCAGUCUUAUUAUAGGAAUGGGUACUAAUGCCAAUACUCAAGUUCCUGAAAGGCCAUGGACAGAGCAAACCAUCAGGAUUGGACGUAAAGAGAUACAUAAUCAACUUAAGGGUAAUACUCACGUUUUCUCUAUACAAAGGGAAGGAAAAAUUAAUGAAGUGGCCCCACCUAGUGAAACUAAUUAUGCAGGGCACACUAUAAUGCGAAAUCCUGAAGAGUGGCAAAAAAUACUUUCUGGUGGGGAUUAUUGUCCAUAUAAUAAGUUAAUUCGCAAAAACAUAAUGUUGCAGAAGGCAGAUCAAUCGUGGAAUCUCCAGCAAGAUGCUAAUACAACUGGUUUACAUACUACUCUCUCAAAAGAUAAAAACAUAAUGUUACAGAAGUCAGAUCAAUCGUGGGGUCUUCAGCAGGAC